AUGCCUUUGGAACCACCAGAGCUUAUUGAUGAUGGCUCAGAUGUGGCUUGGCUUCUAUGGAAGCCGGCUGCAGUGCCACAUACAACCAAAAUGGCCAUGACAAAAUCCAUCACCUACUCCAUUGAGAUGAGGAUGCCACCAUGUUAUGAUUGGAAUUCUCUUGUAGAGAAUUUAGUCACUACAAAAUAUAAACUCACUGACCUCAUGCCUGAUAGAAAUUAUGUCUUCCGUGUCCGGUGUUUUAAUGAAUUUGGAGGAGGAGAAGCCACAUUACCAGUGACAAUGAGAAGAGCCACCAAUGGUCUUCUUGAUGAUUAUAAUUAUCCACAGGAAUUUGAUUCUGAAGAUGAAGUAAUCGAUUGGGAAAAUUUCGAUGGUGAAAGAGUUCCUCCUCGUCUUCCAUUGGACAAACCAGAUAUCACAAGUAUUGCAAAUGAUUCCUUGGUUUUAACCUGGGCCCAUGCCCGUAACCCAGCCUAUGGCAAACAGUCUCCAAUUACAUACAGUGUUGAGGUGAAGGAACAGUGGGCAAGAGCGUGGCGUACACUUGGAAGUAACUUGACUGAGACAAGAUUCCAUGUGAAGGACUUGCAACCAAACCAAAGUUAUUCUUUCCGUAUUCUUGCAGAGAAUGAAUUUGGUCUCAGUGAGCCAUCAAUGACUGCCACACUGCACAGAGCCAUUCAAACUCCUGCCCCGACAGGCCAAGAAAAUGCUAAGGUGGAUAAACUCCUCCUGCCAUCAGCAACAUUUGUUGACCCAUUGUCCAUACAAACACCCCCAAGAGUACCUGUUGGACGUCCUAAGAUCAGUGAAGAGAAGGGCACUAGUCUUGUUUUAUCGUGGAAGGCAGCCCGUACCCCAUCCUAUGCAAAGAGGUCCUUUGUAACAUACAUCAUUGAAGUGCGUGAACCACCUGCUCCAAAUUGGGUGCCGAUAGCCUCAGAAAUUGAGGACACCAAAUAUGAGGUCAAGGAACUUAAAGAAGAACAGGAUUAUAUGUUUAGAAUCAGAGCAUGCAAUGAAGCAGGACAGAGUGAGGCUUCUUUGCCUGCAACAUUGUAUAGAGAAAUUGAUUACAUCAAGCAGCUGCAGCACCAACUUUCAACUGAAAGUUCAACACUCCUUAGUCCAGACAUCCUUUCGCCUGAUGAGCCCAAAUCAUUCUUUUGGGAUUCUGAAGCUAAAACUCCUUGUGCUCCAGAAUUUAUCUCUGAUGAAAUCAUGCAAUAUGGAGUAGAAUUCAGUACUAUGAGACUUGAGUUGAAAAUCCGAGCCUUUCCACCACCUAAAGUUUUUUGGUACUUCAAGGAUGAAAAGAUUGAGUAUGGAGACAGGUACACAGCUUACAUCAAGCCUGGUGGCAUAGUGACCCUGGAAUUUCCUGACCUUUCCUGGAAUGAUACCGGUGACUACAAGUGUUACAUUGAGAAUGAAAUAGCAUUUUCCAGCAAGAUUGUCACCCUGAAUUUGGCAGAACCUCCCACCAUCAUCAAACCAAUGGAGGACCUUUUCAUGGAUUUUUGUGAUCAUGGAAUUCUGCAGUGUCAAGUUGACGGUAUCCCUUACCCAACUGUUACUUGGCUAAAAAACAGAUUUCCUAUCACUGAGAGCUCUAGGGUUCAUGCCUACCAUGAACUUCCUGGAAGAUGGUUCCUGGUAUUUGAGGAAGCCAAUCUUUCUGAUGUAGGUAGUUAUGAAUGUAUUGUUGAAAAUGCUGGUGGAAAAGUAUCAUGUACUGCUCAAGUUGAAGUAUCAGAAUGUAAACCGGUUCCAAGUUAUCUGCUUUUCCGUGAAGCCAGAUUGGAAAAUUUCUACUAUGUUCUUGAAGAAAUUGGAAGAGGCAGACAUGCCAUCAUCCGAAGGUUGGUAGAGAAGUCCACUGGGAAAGAGUUUGCAGGCAAAUUCAUGGUGCUCAGUGAUCAAAAAGAAAAAGAGUUUUUCUAUUCAGAAUUGGAAUGUCUGCGGGUGCUUGACCAUAAAUAUGCUUUGAAAGUUUAUGAUGCUUAUGAAACUGACCAAUCCCUUGUUUUGGUCACUGAACUAAUUUACGGUGGUGAACUGAUUGAGAAGAUUUUAACAUCCUACAGUUGGACUGAGUCUGAUGCAGCUUUCUAUAUUAAGCAAUUAUUGAUGACUCUUGAUGCCUUAAAACUAAAGGGAGUGGCACAUUUGGACAUUAAGCCUGCAAAUAUUAUGUAUGUGCAAGAAACCGAUAGCAUCAAACUGAUUGAUUUUGGAUUUGCCAAGAAAAUUCAUAAUUUUCCCUUGAAACUCAAUUAUGGAACACCAGAGUUUUCAUCUCCUGAAGUUGUUUGCAGUGAAAUCAUUACAGUGUCUACAGACAUAUGGAGUGUUGGUGUUCUAACUUACAUCCUGUUGAGUGGCAUCUCUCCAUUCUAUGGGGGUUCAGUCCAAGAAACUUUGAAUUUGAUUGAAAAAGGAAUUUGGAAUUUUGAUGAAGAAGCUUUUAAGAAAAUUUCAUCUGAAGGCAAAGAUUUUAUUGGAAGUCUUCUUAAAAGAGAUCCGCUUGAUCGUCUGGAAAUUGAUGAAUGCUUGAGCCACCCAUGGUUAGAGUUUGCCAGCAAGAAGGGGCAAGGAGCUCGAUUAGAUCUGAAAAAUCUUGAAGCUUUCCAUAAACGAGAUCUGGCAAUGAGGAAGAAAAAUGCUGUGCUACGAUGUGCUCGUCUUGAGAGUUUAACAAAGAUGGAAUUAGCUGUGCCCACCACUCCCUCCCUCCAACCACAAAUUGACCCUGAAACUGGAAAACUGACCUUCCCCGAUUCCCGAGAAUAUGGCGAGUUUCUUGACUCAGAAGCUCGAUUUGACUGGAACAAAAGAUUUGAGCGAAGGAGUGAAUCAGAGUUCUCACUGCGUAGCCGAGAAUUCUUGAAACUUGCACAUAAGGAUAAUGAAAAUGUGUCAGCUGAAGGUGAAACUGAGGGUGACAUCAGCAUGUUUGAAGAUGAGGAGAACAUGAAAAGGGCAGGUCGAGAUAGGAGACGCCUUUCAGAGUUGGAUGUCGAUCAUGACAAACUAGCUAAAAUAGAGAAGGAAGAUGAAUGGAUUUCUGCAAGUUCUGAUGAACGUCUCGAAAGACAACUCAAUCGAGAGAAGGAAGGUCAGGUUUAUGUGAUGGAGAGAAAACCAAGUGUUGGCAUGCCAAAGGAAGGCUAUCGUCCGAUUUUCCGAGCCAAACUCACUGACCAGGUUGUACGAAUUGGAGAUAAUGUUACAUUCAUGUGCUUGAUCCGUGGUAGACCCACUGUCACUGUAGCCUGGUACAAAAAUGAAGAGUUCCUCACCAAAAGCAACCGAAUCCGUAUGUCUCUCAGUGAAGAUGGUGUGUCAUCAAUGACUCUUAUCAGUGCCAAACCCUAUGAUGUGGGUGUCUACAAGUGUGUGGCCAGAAAUAAGAUGGGACGUACUGUUUGCAGGGCAAAAUUAAUUUUGGGAGAUAAUCCAGGCCAACCUGAAUGUCCUAUUAUCACAGCCAUAUCUGCCCAUGAAGCUCUGUUAGUGUGGGAUCCACCUUCCCAAGAUGGUGACUGUCCUAUUUUAUUCUAUAGAGUAUAUUGCAAAAAAGCUGAUGAUUAUCAAUGGAGGAAGAGCUUGAAGACAAUCAAUGAAUGUGCCUAUAUUGGAAAUCUUGAGGCAGACACUAGUUACCUAUUUAGGGUUUCUUGUCAGAAUAAAUUCGGGCUCAGUCCUUACAGUUUUGCUUCAGCAGUUGUAACAACCAAACCAGAAAAUUCUGAGCCACUUUCAUUGUAUAAACAUCCUGACUAUGCCAUCAUGUUGUGCCGAAAUGCUGAAACUAUUUCAUCUCUGAACCGUACAAAAGGGCCAACCAAUGUUGUAGAAUAUUACAGAGAUAGGGAUGAUGAAAUCAUGAACUUUGAUCCAGCUGAACAGUAUGAAUUUUUGGAAGAAAUUAACAGGGGUGCUUUCUACAAGUGGAAUAUGUGCAGAAGCAAACGGACAAAGGAAUUGUAUCUGUCUCGCCACACACCUUAUGAAACAGAGAAUGAGGAUCUGAUGAAGGAGUUCAAUCUUCUUGUCACUGUCCAGCAUGUUAAUGUCAUCACUGUCAUUGGUGCGUUCCUACACAACAACAUACACACUGUCAUAUUUGAAUACAUGGACAGUGAAAACAUCCUUGAUCAUCUCUCCUCGAGAACACGCUAUACUGAGGAUGAAGUGGCAAGAAUUGUCACCCAGUUGCUUGAUGCUUUGCAAUACUUGCAUUUCCUCUGUAUCAUCCAUCUAAAUUUGCAGCCUGACAAUAUCUUAAUGGGAAGGAUCUGCCCAAUUCUCAAGUUGAAAGACUUCAGUUUGUCUCAGAAGAUUGUCACACCAAUUGGAAAACAUGUUCCCCAAGAUGGACAUCCAGAAUUUAUGGCUCCCGAGGUUGUUGUUGGUGAGCCUGCAGGUGUUGCUGCUGAUGUUUGGGGUGUUGGUAUAAUUGCAACAUUGCUACUCAGUGGAGAAACUCCCUAUGUUGGCAGCACCAGAGAAGAGACUUUGGGUAACAUUGCAUACAAUCGUUUCGAUGGUACCUCUAUGUAUGAGAAUGUCUCUAAAGAGGCUCUCAAGUUUAUCUCCAAAAUUGUCAAAAGAAUUCCAACGAAUCGAAUGACUGUAGAUGAUUGCCUGGAACAUAACUGGUUGCAACAAUCAGAUGAAAUUGUGAAAAUCAGAAAGGAAAAUAUCUUUAUGAGUUUCAAACUGCGAAACUAUGCAACACAGUAUGAGAAUGAGAAAGGUGUGGUUACACAAUUCAACCCCGUUGCUUCAGUCAUGGUGGAGCAGCCAGAGAGGAAAUUCAAGAUGCCUGACAUAAGUGAAGUAAUUAUACACAACAACUAUUCCAACAAGGAAAAAUCUAGUUCCCAGAAAUCAGUAUCUUUUGACAGCUCUUACCUAGAAUUCAAGCUGGCGUCCAGCUAUAAACGUGUGGCUGAAGAGCUUGCCCAGAAAUCAUUAUCAUCUGCUGGUCA